AUGGCCGGAGAACAAAUUCUUGUUAACGGGGUCACUGAGAUCAUUAAGAAGGUGCUACCUGUUAUCGGUCAACAGAUUUCUUCGGCAUGGGGUGUUAAGGAUGACUUAACAAAGCUCAAGAAUACCUUGGAGUCAAUUCAAGCUCUGAUUACUUCUGCCGAGGAAAAACAACUAAAUGAUGCUCCUGUCGGACUUUGGUUGAGAAGGCUUAAAGACGUUGUCUAUGAUGCAGACGACGUAAUGGAUGAGUUCGCUUAUGAAACCAUGCGACGUGAUGCAGCGGGAGGCCAACUUAAACAGAAAGUUCGAGCUCUUGUUUCAUCUUCCAACCCACUUAUAUUUCAUUUCAAGAUGGCCCAUAAAAUUCGAGCCAUUUAUGAAAGGUUAGAUCAGAUCCACAAAGACAAUCGGACUACGGUUUUCCGAAGUAACCGAUUAACCUCAUCCGACGGUGGUAAUGAUUCAAUGUUUUUAGGGAGGAAGGCUACAAAAUCAGACAUAAUGAAUAUAUUGAUCGACAAGCCGUCAUCAGCAUCUGGUAUUUCUUCUCAACCAGAGAACGUAUCCAGUUUAUCCAUCGUGGGUAUGGGUGGACUGGGUAAAACUACAGUAGCCCAAAUGGUCUACAAUGAUUACUCCAUUGAGAGAAACUUUGAUCUAAGAGCUUGGGUUUGUGUCUCUGAUCCUUUUGAUAUCUUUAAGAUUCUAAAAGAUGUCAUCGAGUCCAUUACUGGAAAUAAAUGUGAGGAUCUAUCAAAUGUCGAUGCAAUGACAAAACAGGUCAAGGAAAAAUUGAUCGGUAAGAAAUAUUUGCUAGUGCUAGACGAUCUGUGGAAUGACAAUGUUACAAAUUGGGAAAAACUGAAGAGUUACCUAAGCUAUGGCGGCAGCGGCAGCAAGAUAUUAGUCACUACACGCAGUCGAAAAGUUGCAUCUAUUGUUGGCGGUCUAAUUCAUCAUCUUGAAAAGUUAUCCGAUGAUGAUUGCUGGUCCAUUAUCGAGAAGAAAAUAUUGUCCCUGGGUGGAGCAGUAUUGACUGAUCCAGAAAUGAUGGAUAUUGGCAAGCAUAUAGCGGAAAAAUGUGAUGGUCUACCCCUUGCGGCGAACUUACUUGGAAGUUCAAUGUGCUCAAAAAGAGAAAAAAACUAUUGGCUGUCAAUCGUAGACGACAUUGAUCGUUUGGGAGGUACAUCUGAACAUAAAAGUGUCAUAUCAAUUUUAAAGUUGAGCUAUGAUAAUUUAUCUUCUCCUUUGAAACAAUGUUUUUCAUACUGCUGUAUUUUUCCGAAAGACUGGGAAAUAAGUAGAGAAAUGCUAAUUCGAUUAUGGAUGGCGGAAGGAUUCCUUUUUCCAUCCAGUGGAGGAGAUGAUGAAUGUCUUGAAGAUAUAGGAAAUGAAUAUUUUGAGUAUCUGGUGUGGAGUUCGUUUUUUCAAGAUGUGCAGCAGAAGGAUCGAAUAUGGGGGGACGAUAUUGUAACAUGUAAGAUGCAUGAUUUGGUGCAUGAUCUUGCAUUGAGUGUCCUAGAUAGUAAUGAAUUUGGAAUUGCAAAGGUAACAUAUGGGAAGGAAGAAGUUUAA